GCUUUUUGGUUUUACAUUACAAUUUGUUUAUAACGUGCUUAUGUCCGCCUUGACGAUUAUUCACUUAUCAAAGGCAGAUUCCCUUUGUCGCGACUGGGUGUCUCUACAAAACUCUUCAAUAGCCCUAUUGUCGUCAUUAGCUAAUACAUCGCAGCAGCGAUCAGCGACAUUGAAUGCCACCAUACCAUUACUUGGUGAGGAUCAGAAAGCGGCCCUGAUCUACAAACAAACAGCAGUAUUUGAAGAAACGUUCUCAAGUUUCAAUGCCAUUAUACCAAGAUUUCGCGUGAUUGUCGAUCAAUUUACCACUCUGGUAAAAGAAGCUGCAAAGAAUGCUUCGUACGCUGCGAAUGAACAAACAAUGUCGCCACGAGUAGGUACCAGUGCCGCAUUGCUCAGUACAGCAGCGAUAUCAGAAGAGCAAACAAGUAUAUAUAUAUCGCAAAUCCGAGACAUGUACCAUCAAGAAUACACAUAUAAGGUUACUUUGAGCAAUCAGCUUUACCAGCAAGCAAAAUUAGAUGCUGCGACCAUCAAUGACAUAAAUAGCUUAUGGAGUGCUCAACCACAAAUUGACUUUACAGUCGAAAAAGAAAUGGCUGAACGACUCAAUCUGUAUAAAAAGGUUAAGAAGAUAGUAGAGGCCAAAGAUUAGACGCAAAGCAUUCACUCAAGCAUUACACAUAGCACACCUUUUUU